GUGCUUCCCGUCCCAAUAUCCACCUUCAUGUUCCGCCACCUUCACCCAAGUCUCACUCUUCAAGAUGAGUGGGAGAGGGUUCGUCAACAUUUCUUCGAUGGGGUUCUCCUGUACUUUGGCGGUGCCAAAGGUGAAGUCGUCAGUACAUUGCCCACGCUCCACGGUGGGGUGGAUCUGUGCCCGUCCGAGGCUGGCUACGUCGCGGCGAAGCUUGCGGACGCUGGCGAGUUGUUCCCGUUCCACGCGGGCUGUUCCGGCGGGAACCCCGGACUUGAUCCGACGAAGAUCGGUGGCAAGGAAGUAGGAACAAGGGGUGGCAGUGUCGGGCNGAAGAAGAAGGAGCCUGGCAGCGUCGUGGCGGAUGCAGCCAGUAGGGGCGGCUGGGUUGCUGCCCCCGAAGGCCAAGAGCCCCUGCAGCCGCACGGCGGAGGCAGGGGAUUUCUCCAGCAGCAAGCAAGAGAUAGUGGGCAAGGACGACGGCAGCUGCUGGAAGGCGGAAGGGUCAGCAGAUCGGGAGCGAACCCUGUUGGGCCAGCCGGGGUGGGCCCGGGCAUAGGACCGGACUACGGGGAAGCGAGGGGGGUCAACCCUCCAGGUAAGAUACCCGUGAUUCGAGGAAAUGGAGAAUUCCUCGACGGCUACAGCAGUAGCCACAUGAAUAGAGUAAAAGUCAAUGCCCCGCGUCUCGAAGGGGAGAGUCGCGGCCAUGGGUAUGACUCGUGGAGAAAAUCGUUUAUCCAAGCGGCCAAGACUGUAGGACUGGACGGCCAAUUGAUCGGCAACAACGGGAGACAUGCACCUGUCGGCAACCCAAACUUGCCAAGCUCGGAGCUGUACCGCCUCCAAUGCACCAUCGACGAGGUCCAGAGGGGCCUCCAAGCGUUCCAUUUUGUGACCACUGCCACCGUCAGAGAAGCCGACAAGGCGAUCGUGAACAAAUGCGAGACCGCAAAAGAGAUCCUCGCGGAACUCGACAAAAUCUACGAUCCAGAAUCGCAGGGCUCGAAACAAGCCCUCAUGAAGCAAAUGUUCAACUUCACGAUCCCCACACACAGCACCAGAAACCCCAUCGAACACCUGUACUCGCUCGAGCUGCUGUACUCACGCCUACGCGACAAAGGGCUCAUCGCUGAGGCACUCGCCCACUUCGUUGGUUCCCUCCCACCCGAGUACCAACAAGCGAAGUUCCUGUUGGAGACAGCAACGUUNCCCAUCGAACACCUGUACUCGCUCGAGCUGCUGUACUCACGCCUACGCGACAAAGGGCUCAUCGCUGAGGCACUCGCCCACUUCGUUGGUUCCCUCCCACCCGAGUACCAACAAGCGAAGUUCCUGUUGGAGACAGCAACGGCGCUGGAUAGGGCCGAGAUCGUCAGAAUCGUGAGCACGGUGCACGCGAGCCUUCCGGAGGGGAGGAAGGCCUCGAAGGGACAGCGGAGGGCGGAGCACGCUCUCCUCGCGAGCGACGGUAGCGGUGGGGGAGGAGCGCCGGGCCGCGGCAACGGUGGCCACCGCAAGGGUGGCAGCGGCGGCGGCGGCGGCAGCGGCAACGGCAACCAGAAGGGGAGAGGGGGUGGUGCGAAGGCUGGUGGCGGCGGCGGAGGCGGCGGCGGAGGCGGCGACGACGAUGCGAGUAGCAUGCGCGGUCGCUGUUUCCGGUGCGGCAAGAAGGGCCACCAGGUGGCCGACUGCACCGAGAGCAAGCCCGUGCGAUGUGAGACAUGCAAGGGCACGGGCACGACAAGAGCAAGUGCCCGACCGAGGGGGCGGUGCUCGUGGUGCAUGUGGGAACACCGCCACCGGAGAUCGCCGCCGUCGCCGCUGGAGCUGCCGCCGAUGCUGCCGCUCCGGCCGCCACCGCGGGGCCUCCGGCCAUCCCCCCCGCCGCCGCCGCGGGGGGAACACUGCCACCGGAGGUCGCCGCCGUCGCCGCUGGAGCUGCCGCCGAUGCUGCCGCUCCGGCCGCCACCGCGGGUCCUCCGGCCGUUCCUCCCGCCGCGGAACCGGGUACGCUGA